AUGCUUCGGCAACUCCUGCUGCCUUCGGUGGUGCUCUUCGUGCUAGCUGAAGGUGCUCCUCAAUGCCCUUUUCAGUGCGUGCCGGGUCUUGAGAAGAUGGGCGUGGGAGUAGACCUGGCGUUCUUCACCCCCAAGGUGCAGCAGCAGGUGGUACCUCAGAAGAUGCUGAAGCAGCGAGUUGUGAACAUGACGAACUCGCGAGCUCAAGUGUGGACAAACCCUUUCGUAAACCAGACCUAUGGCGUGUGGGAUCAGGUGUCGGAGCUCUUUGUGAACAGCCGUUCGACCCGCGAUGCCUUCAAGUUCACCUUCCAGAACGACUUCAGCUUCGAGGAGCAGUUUUCGGAAAGCGUGGACGGUGACGCGCUCUUCGGACUCAUCUCUGCAUCCGAGGAAAUGUCCGAAAUGUUUAGCCUGGUUACCAAGGUGGGGGCGACCAUGGUGGUGCGAUCUGGAGAGGUGGACACAUACACAUCGGAGCUGUAUCCUACGCAGAACUUGUCGCCAGAUAGCAUGUUCCUGGAAUCCGUGAAGAGCAUCCCAAUGUUGUGGUUCACCCCCACUGCAUGGGCAGGCAAGGUGGUGCCACACAUGCAAAAUUAUGGCACUCAUCACAUCAACACCAUCAGCGCUGGUGGAGAGUUUCGCUAUGCUGCGAUUGUGGAGGCUUCGUACAUAUCUGCGCACGGGAGUGCCGAGAUGGAUGCGGAGGCGGAUGCCGACUUCCUCUUUUUCUUCUCCGCUGAUGCCGAGGCCCAUGCGUCGGCCAGCGCAAGCGAGGCUUUCCGGCAGUCGCUCUCCCUGAGGCAGGUGGUUUGCAACGGUGGGAACGGCAAGUGCAACGCCAACUCCACAGCGACAUAUGAUGCAUGGGUGGAUUCUGUCCACAAGUACCCCUGGGUGCUGAGCGCGCGCUACACUCCGAACUAUGCUCUCGUCCCUGCGACGGAGAACGGCAUCGUUCUUGAAGCGGUGACCAUCGCAUAUCUGGCGUGGCAGGGCAUCCAGAAGCUCAUGGAGAAGCUGACUGCGAUUAGGGCAGUCCUCAAGAUGUACACAGGAAUGGCAGACCCUCUCUGCAGCUUUCAGAAAAUUGGCACGUGCAGCAGUGGCUCAACGUCGUGCACUCGAGCGGGAAGCACCGGGGAUCCCACGAAAUUGAUUCCCAUCGUUCGGGCAAAUGCCCAGAAGCUGUACAAUCAGACAGAUCCACUCCACGCUCAGUUUCAGGCCACUCUGGGGGCAAGGAAUUCCUCCAUGCAGGUGGAUGGCUGGCUUCCCAACGCGACGUCCUGGGUCCAAGCUGUCAAGGACAUGGCGGCUGUCGUCUUUUCCAUGCCCACUGUCCUGCAGUGCACUGGCUACGCAGAUAUGUCUGCUGACCCAAUCUGCAAAAUUUUUGGAUGCGAAGACCAUGUCUGCCAGACCGCUCCAGGGGUCAAGUGCGGUGAUUGCGAGGCAAAGGUUGCUGCCUCUUGCACCUGGUCGUCAGUGCCGAUUCCUCGAAAGCUCCUCUCCCCAUCGGUUGAAAGGCCAAUCUACAUAUGA